AUGGAAAAUUCAAAAAAAUCACUGUUUGGUGGUGCGAUAAAAGCAUACAUCCCUGUGAAAUUUCAAGAUGCCAGAUAUCAUUUUAAUUCCAUAGCAUUUGACAACGAUGCAGAAGAUAAUUCGAUAAUUCAGGGAAUCGUUCCUUUAACUUCUGCUUCAGAUAUUCCACUUCUCGGAACUUCGGAUGUUCAAGCAUAUUUUCUAAAUGGACAACAAGUCGUCACAAAAUUCAACGAAGAUAACCCGAACGCACGCAAUCAAAUAAACGUAUUCAUGACGUUGAUUCGUUUGUUUGCCCAUAAAACUGACAUAGUUAUUCAUUACAAUGUGCCAUUUUCUAUUGGUGAAGGUAGUAGUAGUAAAGAUACAGCUAUAGCCAUAGAAAAUGAUGCUACAGUUGCUCUAGAAGAAUUUAAAAAAGUUGUAUCGAGUUUUGAAAUUCUUGAUUGGUCCCUAUUUGGCAAUUAA